ACCAUCAAUCACACAUCUCCCAUCACCCUCUAAUCAUCCACACAUCCACAUGUCAGCCCCACCCGAUCUCGUGCAAAGGCUGCGCGACCUCGGCAUCUCGGACCGCACCGCCCGCUUUGCCCUUUCGCGGACCAACAACAACGUAGAGCAGGCAGCCGAAUACGUGCUCUCUGGAAAGGCCGACAAGGAUGAGGUAAGCCAAGAUGCUUUUGCAACCGCACCAGACAGCCCAAGCUUUGCGCUGGACGGUGAUCCAGCGCCACUCCAGCGCGUCGACUCUCCCACAAUGUGGCAGCGCUUUCGCAGGCGCAUGUCAGUCGAUAUGACGCCGCGUGCGUCCAGCGAUCUUGAAGACGUCGAUGAGAAGAGCGACCCGUUGCCCCCGUCUUCUCAAGUCCCCGUACUGACACUCACAACUUCUCCCUUCCCCCCUGCACCACCUUCCUUCAAACCUCAACCCUCCCCUCUUUCCGAUACCCGUACCCUUGAACAACAGUCGAACGACUUGAUCCUCGCUGCACUCGGACGCGGCCGCACACCCACUGGGUCUGCAGCUGCAUCGGGCACAUCCACGCCGAUUGCCUCUAAACCGGCCGCCGGCGCUCUCGCAGCCCUGGGGCUUCGCGCUGCCGCUGUGGCAACCCCGUCCAGUAACCCGCCGACAAUCGUUCCUCCGUCUUCCAUCGAGACUUCCUCAGCCGCGCCGUCCAAGCCCUCGAGCAAGUCGUUGUUAAUACCUUCCAAGCCAAUUGGUAGCAGCUCGGCCAAGAAACGCGCGUCGCGCGCCGACCCAACGUCGCGCUCGCCAAGUCCCUUCUUUCGCGCGCGUAAGGCGCGCGAGGAGCGCCGGGAGCGCUCGCCCAGUCCCGACAUCGUGGCACUGCGCAAGGACUCGCUUGCUGCCGAGUCGGACGUUGAGGGUAUUGCCAACGACCGUGGACGCGGGCGGUACCGCCCGCGCACUUCGGCCUAUGACUCGCCCGAUUCCAGUGGCGGCGAAGAGACCGAGGGCGAGCCCAGUGUUAAGAUCGCUCAGAAGCCCGUAGAGAAAACGGUCGUCCCCCACGACGAUGACGAUGACGACGACGACGAUGACGAUGAUCACGACGACGACGACCAUCACGCGGACGACGAGGACGACGAGCCGCUCAACUAUGAUGACGAUGACUUGUGGGAUCCCGAGACCUUCUUCGACGAAGAGACGGAGAAGAACACUGAAGCGAAUGCGUUCUAUGCUGAUUCUGCCUGUAAUGACGCCGUCGACCCUGAGACCAAGCGCGAUAACUUUGAUGUUUACGGCGAGGAUGUCGAGCAGGACCUGCUGGGCGAGGGCCCCAACGUCGUUGUGGCCCCCGAACCGUUAUUUGCCAAGCCUGGUGACAAGAUUCGCAAGUCGGAACGCUCUGGUCUCGACCUCGUUACUUCCCGUCCGACCUUCGCCCGCGACAGGUGUACUAUCCAGCUCACGCAGGGUGACCCCGAUGGCGUUCUGGAUGAGAGCGGCAAGCGCAUGCGGCGCUACCUAGUCCUAAGCGAUCUCUCCGAGGAGAGCCGUUACGCCGUCGAGUGGGCAAUUGGUACUGUCGCGCGCGACGGUGACGAGGUCUUCGUCAUCUCGGUCAACGAGAGUGAGGACAAGGUUGAUCCCAAGAGCUGGAGUAGCAAGAACCAGCAGGACAAGCUCAAGGUGCAGAAGGAGCGCCAGACGACUGCUCUUCUCCUUGUGCGCCAAGUGACGGGCCUGCUCGAGCGCACCCGCCUCAAUGUUACUGUGACAUGUCAGGCCAUGCACGCCAAGAAUGCGCGCUACAUGCUCCUCGAUGUCAUUGACUUCCUUGAGCCGACGCUCGUGAUCGUCGGUUCGCGCGGUCUCGGCCAACUCAAGGGCAUUCUCCUUGGUUCGACGUCGCACUACCUUGUUCAGAAGUCGUCGGUUCCUGUUAUGGUUGCGCGUCGCCGCCUGCGUCGUCCCCUGCGCCGUACCAACCCCGAGGACCUGCGCCGCUCGCCGCGAGUCUCCCUGGCGUCGGCCAACAUCGAGAAGUCGGCGCCCAAGAAGCAGGAGGACGAUGUUGUGGAUGCGGCCGACGACGACGACUAUGAUGAGCCCAAGCAGCAGGACAAGCACCACCACCACCAUCACCACGAGGAUACCAAGGUAGAGGUGAAGGCAGUUGAGGCUUAGAGCGAUCCGAGUCACCCUUGUCGCUGUUUUCCGAUCUUUCAAGAACUCCACCUUAUACCGAGUAUGGACGUUGUAAUAUGCAAUGCCGUUUUGCGCAA